AUGAAGCAAGGCCUUCAAGAGCUGUCACUGUGUCACACCACCAACCACAUGGGACCUUCACCAGAAUUUAGGGAGAUAGGGGGGGUUGAGGAGGAGCAGAGCGCAGGUGGUGUGAUGGUGGGCAAUGGGGAGAAUUUCUGUCAUUAUUUGCAUUACGAUGGGGAGGGAGGGCCGGUGCACGACGCUUCAGAGCCGAGGAUGGCAGCGCCAAUGGGGUCUGGGCUAGGCCCUGCUUUGACUGACUACUGUGCUGAUGCUACUGGGUUUGAUACGCAGCAGGAUGUGAUAGUGCUGCAGCAACUGUGGCAGCAGCAGCAGCAGCAGGAGCAGCAGAAGCAGCAGCAGCAGUGGCGGCGGCAGCAAGAGCAGGAGCAGGCGCAGCAGCAGCAGCAGCAGCAGCAGCAGCAGCAGCAGCAGCAACGGCAAGAGCAAGAGCAAGAGCAGCAGCAGCGGCGGCAGCAGGAGCAGAAACAGCAGCGGCGGCGGCAGCAGCAACAAGAGCAAGAGCAGCAGUCACAGCAGAUGGAACAAGAACUGCUGUCGCUGACCGAUUCCUUCAUACAGAGCAACAACAGAGCAGCAUGCACCAAUACUGGUGUAAUCCGCCCUGCCUCAGCCAUGCUUGAGACCUUCUUUGCGAAUCUCCCUGCCACCCUCCCUGCCACCCUCCCUGCCACCCUCCCUGCCACUCUCCCUGCCACCCUCCCUGCCUCUCUCCCUUCCACUCUCCCUUCCACCCUCCCUUCCACCCUCCCUUCCACUCUCCCUUCCACUCUCCCUCCCACUCUCCCUAACACUCCGCCUCCCACUCUCGCUCCCGCUUUCCCUCCCACUCCCCCUCUCACUCUCCCUGAAGCCCCCUUUCCUUUUCCACUUGACUCAACCAUGUGGAUCUCAGACCCUCUAGCAGCCACCGGCCCCGACACGCAGCCUUGGUGCGCUCGUGAACCUUCGGAAGCGCCCGGCUUCUGCAAUGGAUUCACCACUGCUGGCUCCCCCUGCCCAAGCCUGUGCCCAAGCCACUGA